AUGAGGGACUUCGGAUUUGGGGUACUGCAGCCCGCCCCGCUCCGAAACAGCCUUCCCGGGCCCCUGUUGAGCGGCGGGGCGUACGGUCCCUACGCCGGGGAGCCCGGCGCGGCCGCCGCCCCGCUGCCCUCCGCCACGCCCUUCGGCCCGCUCUCGCCGCUGCCGUUGCCUGUCACCGGCUUCUCCGAGGCCGCCUCCCCCUUGUCCAUCCCCCUCGGCGGCGGCGCGGGCAGCUCGGCCGCCGCCGCUUCCUCUUCCUCCCCGUUCCUGGCGCAUCAGCAGAGCAUGCAGGAUGAGCCGCGGCUAAGGCUGACACAGCAGCCGGCGCGGCCGCUCUCGGGGGCGGCGGCCGCGGAGAAACUCCCCAACCACCACCCCGGCGGCGGCGGCGGCGGCGGCGGCGGCACGAACGCGGGUGUGACCCACCUCCUCCCCUCCCAGGACUUCAAACCGAGUCUGCACCACCCCUCCUCCUCCUCCGCCUCCUCCUGCUGCUGCCGCACCUCCUCCCCGCAGGACUUCAGUAAGCGGCAGCAGCAGCAGCUGAGCAGCCAGCAGAGGAAAGAGUUCAGCCCUCCCCACCUUCCCCACCCUCUGGACUCGAAGCAGCCGCCGCCGCUCCACUGCCCCGGACGGUUCAGCCCGCCGCCACCGCCGCCGCCCGGCCAGUUCCUCCAGCCGGCGCAGCUCGCCAAGCGCCAACAGCCGCAGCCGCCGCCGUUCAGCCUCCCGCACCCGCAGCACCUCCCGCCGCAGGACUUCGCCCCGCGGCAGCGCCCGGCCGACCUGCCCCCGGUCCCGCAGCUCCCGCCCUCGCCGCCCGCAGCCCCUCGGCGCCGCCACGGAGGCGCGAGCAGCCCUCACAAGACCCCGGCCGCGGGCGAGGGCAGCGCCGCCGAGCCCCCCAAUGCGGGCUUGGCCCCCUCGACGCCGCCGGUAAACCCCUCGCCGGGCUCCAUGGAGUCCCCCAACCACCCUCUGCUCAACAGUCCCAGUAACCUCCUGCCCGGCGGGGCGCUCGGCGCGGGCGCCUUCAGCAGCCUGCAGAGCCCGGACCUUCCGCACCCCGGCGGCGGCGGCGGCGGCGGCGGUGGGGGCGGGGUGCCCCCCGGAGGCGGAGGGGGAGGCGGCUCCGCGUCGCCGCCGCCGCUGCCCGGCUUCGGCACCCCCUGGUCGGUGCAGACCGCGUCGCCGCCUCCCCAGCCCCAGCAGCCGCCGCCGCCGCCCCAGCAGCAGCCGCCGCCUCCGCCCCAGCAGCCGCCCCAGCCGCAGCCGCCCGGCUCGUCGGCAGCCACCCCGGGCAGUGGCGGCGGCGGCGGCUCGCUCAGCGCCAUGCCGCCGCCCAGCCCCGACUCGGAGAACGGUUUCUACCCCGGGCUGCCGUCGUCCAUGAACCCGGCCUUCUUCCCGAGCUUCUCACCCGUGUCGCCGCACGGCUGCGCGGGGCUAAGCGUGCCGGCGAGCGGCGGCGGUGGCGGUGGCGGCUUCGGCGGCCCCUUCUCGGCGACCGCCGUACCCCCGCCGCCGCCGCCCGCCAUGAAUUUACCUCAGCAGCAGCCCCCGCCGCCCGCGGCGCCGCAGCAGCCGCAGAGCCGGAGGUCGCCCGUCAGCCCGCAGCUCCAGCAGCAGCACCAGGCGGCGGCCGCCGCUUUCCUCCAGCAGAGGAACUCUUACAACCACCACCAGCCUCUUCUGAAACAAUCUCCUUGGAGCAACCAUCAGAGCAGUGGCUGGGGCACUGGAAGUAUGUCCUGGGGAGCAGUGCAUGGCAGAGAUCAUCGUAGAACUGGAAACAUGGGAAUUCCAGGAACUAUGAAUCAGAUAUCUCCAUUGAAGAAACCGUUUUCUGGUAAUGUCAUAGCACCACCGAAAUUUACUCGCUCUACUCCAUCACUGACUCCAAAAUCUUGGAUUGAAGAUAAUGUGUUCAGAACAGACAACAAUAGUAAUACACUCUUACCCUUACAGGUGAGAUCUAGUUUGCAGUUGCCAGCUUGGGGCUCAGAUUCACUCCAAGAUAGUUGGUGCACUGCAGCCGGAACAUCCAGAAUAGACCAGGAUCGAAGUAGAAUGUAUGACAGUUUGAACAUGCACUCUUUGGAAAAUUCCUUGAUUGAUAUUAUGAGAGCAGAGCAUGACCCUCUCAAGGGUCGGUUGAGCUAUCCACAUCCAGGAACUGACAAUCUGUUGAUGUUAAACGCAAGGAGUUAUGGGCGAAGACGAGGUCGUUCUUCACUUUUUCCAAUAGAUGAUGGCUUGCUGGAUGAUGGUCACAAUGAUCAAGUUGGUGUUUUAAAUUCACCCACAUGUUAUUCAGCUCAUCAAAAUGGAGAGCGAAUAGAACGCUUCUCUCGAAAAGUUUUUGUUGGUGGUCUUCCUCCAGAUAUUGACGAAGAUGAAAUAACUGCUAGCUUCAGAAGAUUCGGGCCUUUGGUAGUAGAUUGGCCUCAUAAAGCAGAAAGCAAGUCCUAUUUUCCACCAAAAGGCUAUGCAUUUCUUCUCUUUCAAGAAGAGAGCUCAGUUCAGGCACUAAUUGAUGCUUGUAUUGAAGAAGAUGGAAAGCUCUAUCUGUGUGUUUCCAGCCCUACUAUCAAGGACAAACCAGUUCAAAUUCGUCCUUGGAAUUUAAGUGAUAGUGAUUUUGUGAUGGAUGGUUCUCAGCCUUUGGAUCCCCGAAAAACAAUUUUUGUCGGUGGUGUUCCUAGACCAUUAAGGGCUGUGGAACUUGCUAUGAUCAUGGACCGGCUGUAUGGUGGAGUUUGUUAUGCGGGAAUUGAUACGGAUCCUGAGCUAAAAUACCCAAAAGGUGCUGGGCGAGUUGCUUUUUCCAAUCAACAGAGCUAUAUUGCUGCCAUUAGUGCUCGGUUUGUUCAACUUCAGCAUGGUGAUAUUGAUAAACGCGUGGAGGUAAAGCCAUAUGUGCUAGAUGACCAGAUGUGUGAUGAAUGCCAAGGCGCACGCUGUGGUGGAAAAUUUGCUCCCUUUUUUUGUGCCAAUGUCACUUGCCUGCAGUAUUACUGUGAGUUUUGUUGGGCAAAUAUCCACUCUCGUGCAGGACGUGAGUUCCAUAAGCCAUUGGUAAAGGAAGGUGCCGAUCGCCCACGUCAGAUCCACUUCCGCUGGAACUAAGAAUAGCAAACGGGCCUCUAUCCCACAAGGAGAGAAAGGGUGCAUGUGGCUUACUGUGUCUGAAGAUACUGACAUGCAGAAGAAAUAAGUGCAUUCUUCUGCUUUCACCCCAGCUGUCCAUAUGUGCAUCUUUAUCAGCAGCCAAAACACUGCAAGCCUCUUGUUUUUCACCAAAACCCUACAUCUCAGGCUUACUAAUUUUUGUGAUAUUUUCAUGUUAAAAUAAAAUGUUUUUUUGUAUUUUCUCCAACUUAUUUUUAUAUGUAAAGUUAAAAUUAGAUAUGAGAAUGUUUUGCGUAGGGGCAACACAGUCUGCUGCUAUAUAGUGGGUGAAGCGUGCACUUAUUUCUAAACAUGGGUUUUUAACUUCAAGAUCUGCCCCAGUGAUUUACCAAAGGUAGCAAAAUAAUA